AUGUUUGGUUUUGCCGCAAUUCCCUCAAUUUUGCAAUUUAUUGGUUUCUUUUUCUUACCUGAAAGUCCUCGUUGGCUUUACCAAAAUAAUUUAAAAAGUGAAUCAGAAAAAGUUCUUUCAAAAAUUUAUAAUGGAGACCAAAAUUGGAUUAAAUAUGGUCUUUUAAAAAAUGUUUAG